AUGUCUUUGCCGGAUACUUGGCUGUCGCAGUGCUGGUUGUUUAUUUAUUCGUCGUCGAGGGAAAGAAAAACCUUAGAAGAGGUUGAUAUGAUGUACGUGAUACAUGUGCCACCAUGGAAGAGUAGCGAGUGGACACCACCUGAACCACAGCACCAGCUUACGACUAGUCAACUCAUGGACCGACGUUUGGUUGAAGGACAUGAUAAACAAGACGAAGAACUGGCUAGCAAGAAGCAAGACCUCUCGCAUAAUGAAGGUAAUGUUGAAAAUGUUGCUGGCGUUGGUCCUUUUAAGAAUUUCUCCGAUACCAUCAGUCUUUUGAAGACGUAUAGUGGACAGGGGAGGGGGAGAACGAUGUCUAGGUAUAGGCAUGGAUAUAUACAUAUAUAA